CCGGCUGCUCGAGCACGCCCUCCUCGCCCCCCUCCGGCCCGGUGGUUGGCAUCGACCUGGGGACGACCUACUCCGCCGUCGCCGUGUACCAGAGGGGCAAGGUGGAGAUCUUCUCCAACGAGAGCGGCAGCAGGACGACUCCCAGCGUGGUUGGAUUUCUCGGUGGCGAGAGUUUUGUCGGGGAGGCGGCGCAGGACUUGCCAGCAAGCUGUCAGGUUUUUGAUUCAAAACGCCUGAUUGGUCGACCUUAUAAUGCCAUCCUUACAUCGGAGAUUUCACAUUGGCCCUUCAUGGUGAUUGAAAAGAGAGGAGUUCCUGUUUUAAGGGUCACUGUAAAUGAAAGCAAGAAGGAAGAUUUCUUCCCUGAAGAGAUUAGUGCCAUGGUGUUGCGGAAUUUAAAGGAGACGGCAGAGGCCUCGCUCCAACAAACAGUGUCUCAAGCUGUUAUUACAGUUCCUGCGUUUUUCAAUGAGCGUCAGAGACAGAUGACUAAGUUAGCAGGCAAAAUAGCUGGGCUUGAUGUGAUUGGCAUGAUCAACGAGCCUACAGCUGCAGCAAUCGCAUAUGGACUAGACAAAUCAAAGGGUAGUGACGGUGCAAAGAAAACAAUAUUUAUUUACGAUCUGGGUGGUGGAACUUUUGACGUGUCAGUAAUGACUGUGUCUGGUAGCGAUUUCACUGUGUUGGCCUCAGGGGGGGACACUCACCUUGGAGGAGAAGACUUUGAUAAUCGUCUGUUGCAUGCAUUGAUUGAGGACGUCCGCACCCAGCACGGCGUUUGCCUGGACAGCGUGUCCGUGCAUGAGCUGCGGAGGGCGUGCGAGCUGGCAAAGCGCAAGCUUUCAUCACUGUCGGAGGUUCCCGUCAGCGUCUAUUUUCCCCGCCACAACCUGAACUACAAGACGUCGGUGACCCGAGCUCGGUGCGAGAACCUGUGCUCCGACCUUUUCAACAAGACCUUGACCAUCGCGACGGAUGUGCUGGCCGACGCCAAGGUGACCAAGGACGCCGUCGACGAGGUGGUGCUGGUGGGCGGGUCGACCCGCAUCCCCAAGGUGCGCACCAUGCUCCGCGACUUCUUCGACGGCAAGGAGCCCCGCAGGUCCAUCAACCCGGACGAGGCGGUGGCGUACGGCGCGGCGGUGCACGCCGCCGCGCUGGCCGCCGGCGACGAUCACCUCUUUUGCAACAUGGUGAAGCUCAAGGACGUCACGGCGCUGUCCCUCGGCAUCGAGACCGAAGGCGGUGGAUUUUCUCGCGUCAUCCCUCGCAACACCCCCAUUCCCUGCAAGAUGGUGAAGGAGUACACCAAAUGCAAGGAUGCGUGCGAAGUCUUGUUUGAGGUGUUCCAGGGCGAGCGGUCCCUGGCAAAGGAUAAUCACAACCUUAACAAGAAGUUCACCAUACCGACGCCGUUGCCCCAGAAGGAUGUGAAGAUCGACUGCUGUUUCACGAUUGACGCUGACGGUCUGCUCACGGUGACGGCCACGGACAAGGUCACCGGCGCGAGCGGGAAGGUGACGGUCACCCAGGAGGAGGGUGCGCUCUCCGAGGACGCCGUUAAGGACAUGAUUGAGCGCGCAAAGCGCUUCCGGGACCAGGACGCACGGGACCUCCUGAAAAUCCAAGCAGCUCAACGGGACGAAGAAACUGCGCAACAGGAUGGCGGACGGGCGAAAAAGAGAAAAAUCCGUCGUUGAUUUUGUAUCUUUAAGAGAUAGGCGCACAGCGCUGGCGUACUUUCCGGCUUUAUACUUUCGACUAAUCUUUCUUAGAGGACGGAUCAGACAUUUUACUUGUGUUACUUUAGUAUACUAGACGACAUUAAUUUUUUUGCUGUCCAUGGGUUUUAUUCCUUUUUAUUUUUUUACUGUAUGUAAUUCUUAUUUUGAGUGUGAUAAUUGUGCUGUGACUUGUGCUUGUGAAAAAGAUACAUCAUUAUCUUAAGUUUGUUUUCCAUUAGUUUCCUCAGUACCUGCAGAGGACAUGGUAGGCAAACCUUUCGACUGCCGCUAUGGUAAUAGAGCACCUUGGCCUGUGUGAAGCUUCUUCUGUGUAUCCAUAGUUGAAAAUCUGGAUGGUACUAAGCUUAAGCCGUACCUUUGACCCCACAGUAUGGGUCGAGGUAAAGAGCUCUGCUACUUUUGUUUUAUUUUAAAUUUUAACUCAUUUUUACGGGGACACCCCGACUGUCUGAUAAUCGUAAAUAAAUGCCAUUCAGAUUAA